CAGACCUUAUCAGCGGCCCUCCCUCGCGAUGCUCAACGUAAGCUUUAUUCUUUGGCGGGCGGGCAGAGGACGAGGAAUAAUACUUCAAGUCAAUGAGUUUAAGGGAUAAACUGCGCCUUGGCCACCAAAUGUCCGAUUAACAAAUUCUUCAACGUAGUCCUCUUACUUCCUUCUCAUUCACACUUUCGGUCUCCAGUCGUACGCAAUGGUGAAGCCACUUGACGUCGGUAUCUUCAUCCCCAUCGGUAACGAUGGAUGGCUUAUCUCAACCACAGCCCCGCACUACAUGCCAACGUUUGAGCUGAAUCGAGAUAUUGUGCUAAAAGCAGAGAGCUACGGCUUCGAUUUUGCGUUGUCAAUGAUUAAACUCCGAGGCUUUGGGGGAAAGACAGAACACUGGGAUCACAAUCUUGAGUCAUUCACAUUAAUGGCUGGCAUCGCGGCCGUCACCAAGAAGAUUAAGCUGUUUGCAUCCACAGCGAUUUUGACACUACCACCGGCCCUCUGUGCUCGAAUGGCCACGACCAUUGACUCGAUUGCUCCAGGAAGAUUCGGUGUGAAUAUAGUGACUGGAUGGCAGGCAGCUGAAUACGAACAAAUGUCACUGUGGCCUGGGGACGAGUAUUUCGGAUACCGGUAUGACUAUGCGGAAGAGUACGUGCACGUUAUGAAAGAUCUGUGGAAUAAGGGGUCGUCGGACUUCAAGGGCAAACAUUUUCAGAUGCACGAUUGCAAGCUUUCGCCACAACCAAGUGGCAAGGUAUCGGUCAUUGCAGCCGGACAGAGCAACCGGGGUAUCAAGUUCGCAGCCGAGUACGCCGACUAUAACUUCUGCACGGCCAAGGGAAUCAACACGCCGACUGCAUUUGCACCGGCAAAUCAGAGAUUGGUAGAUGCGGCCAAGGAAACAAGCAGGGAUGUCGGGGCUAUGGUACUGAUAAUGUGCAUAGCUGACGAAACCGAUGAGGCGGCGCUGGCUAAGUGGAAUAAAUACCGCGAAGGCACCGACCAUGAAGCCCUGGCUUGGAUUGCAGAGCAAACUGGCAAAGACACACAGGCGGAUCAGCUGUCCACGGCGCGGCGUUUGGUAUCCUCGACAGGCGACAAGGUGAACAUGAACGGCGGCACUUUGGUUGCGUCCUACGCCGGUGUUGCGCAGAUGCUUGAUGAGGUGUCAGAUGUGGAAGGCGUAAAAGGGGUCAUGUUGACGUUUGAUGAAUUCCUCACGGGUGUCGACAACUUUGGCAAGUAUAUCCAGCCUCUGAUGAAGAGCCGGAGCAAGGCGAAUGGGCUGUCGUAGGAAUCACGCAGUUGGCACCAGUAGAAAUCUAUCAGAGAGCGAACGGGAAAGCAGAUGGACCCACAAUGUCUGCAUUUGGUAGUGCAUAAGAAACUAGUCUCAGGCAUCCUAAGCCAUUCUGACC